CCCUUUUCACCUACUACAUAAUAUAUUGACAAUGGCUUGGGGCUGGGAACAAUCCGAUGAAGCUCACCGCCAGGUGUACGGCGAGCAGCACCAUGAGAGCCACUUGAGCCACGAGCUGAUUGCCGGUGCUGCUUCCUUCGCCGGAAUGAAGGCCUGGGAGGACCACCAGCGCAAGGAGGGUAAGGUCGUCAAGCACGCAUUCGCCAAGGAGGCUCUAAUGGCCCUCGUCGGUGCCGAGGUCGACAAGCUCGCAGAGACCAAGGGCAUGGACGAGAUUGACCGUCUCCGCGCCCACGAUCACGCCAAGAAGAACGCCGAGCACAUGUACGAUGAUCACUACGUCCGUGGCCACGGUGCUGACGAGUACGACCCCAACCGCUUCGACCGUCAUGAGCGCUUCGACCGUCCUGGUCGCUGGUAAAUGUGUCAGAUAUGAAUGAUAACGGGUAUCAGGGCCCCGGCAGCCGAGCUCGACAUUUUGAGUGGCCUGGGGGUCAUCUGGGGAUCGAAUAAAGAUAUGAACGAGAUUUUACAGGACACCCUUGCUUACGGUAUAUACUUUUGUGCAUACGUACCGGGGUGGUAAGGUCGAGCAAUGAAAUGAAAUCCAACGACUGAAAUUUCCCUCUUUUGCUUCUUGCGAUGGCAUGGUUCCGCCCGUCGAUGUUGUCAUUUGAAACAAACUUUUCACAUUGUCCUUCAGAAAGCCUUUUCUUGCACCGUGAGGUAAGGUUGAUGAAACUCCAUCAUAGUUUAUCACCAUACGAGCGAUGAUCAAGGAGGUAUAUGAUAUCUCACUCAGAUAGGGCGUAAGGUUGCACGAACAGAUAUUCUCCUAGCCAGUCAUCACCAUGAGAACCCGCCGAGCACAUUCUUGGGCUGCAUUCCGGACCCGGAAGUACUUCGUAGAUCUUCACGAUUGGUUUUAAGCAACAAAGCUCUCGUGAUUGCCCCGGCUCAUCUCGUAUCGAAUGACGAGUUUAUUUGAAAAGAGACUGCAUACAUAGCGGUGUGUGACAAAGGCCAUGUGCCAUGCAGGGUG